UCAGCGUCGUCGUCAACGUCAUCGGCGGAGGCGUCUCCACCACCCACCCGCGCUCUCAGUGUCAAACGAACGACGCGUCUGUCGACGAGUGGCGACUGUCGCGAUUACGAGAGAGAAAGAUCGCUGACACGCACCAUCUCCGAUUAACAAUAUCGUCGCUGUCGCCGCGAACGCCGACGUGUCGUGUCGUGGCGCGGGGAAUCGUCGUCGACAGGAUCGACGACGAUCUCUGGUGUGGUGUCUCGUCUCUUCUCUCCUCCACGACCGGCUCCAACUAAUUGUCGCCUGCUCGACUCACGUGGCGAUAGCGUCCAGAAAGUUUACGUCGGGUCGAGUCGAAGCGAACCGGUGUCCUUCAGCGGUCGGCACGAUCUCGUUGUUAUCGUCGUCGUCGUCGUCGAGGAGGCACCCUCGAAGUACAAGGGUAUCGCCCGUCGAAAGGGAAGCUGACGAGCCUUCUGGCCUCCUCGUCGUCGAAGACGACGUGGAUGUACGCGCUUCUCGACGAGGGUGGUUUACUACCGGACAGCAGCAGUGGCGUCGUCGAGAAUGACGCGGUGGUCGCGGGCGAUGGCGCCUGCGUGAACGGUCGUCUCCUCCACUAUCAUCACCACCAUCAGCACCAUCCCCAGCAUCGUCACCAUCAUCGUCACCACCAUCGCGAGCUGCAGCAGCAGCAGCAGCAGCAGCAGCAGCAGCAGCAACAGCCGCAACCACAGCCGCAACACUCGCCGGAACCCGAGCCGGAGCUGGACGAUCUCCUGCGCUUCCGCGGGUCCACAGGACAGGAGAUGGUCGUGCAGGAAAUGGCACAGGGCUAUACGCAGCUCCUUCACACGGCCCAGGAGCCGCAGGAGUUCAUCUCGCUGGACGAGCUGCCGCGCGUCCAUCAGGAGCACCACCGUGUGCAUGACACGUGCGCGCAAAUCGCCUCGUCCGCCUCCCAGCUCUAUCAGUACCAUCAGCCGCAGCAACGUGGCAGCCAUCAGCAACAACAGCAGCAGGAGCAACGGAAUUACUAUAGUCUCUCGACCGUGCAAGAAAGUUCCUGCCCCACGGUUUAUUUUGGCGAAAUAGGCACGGGUUCCGGGGUGGGAGAGUUAACCGCCGCCUCGGCGGGGGGUGGCGAAGGUCUCGCCCCGACUCCAACCCCCGCCAGCAACAGCAGCAGCAAUACCGCCACCCCCAGCAGCCCAAGCGCGACCACUACAACCACCAGCAGCACCACCACCACCAGCACCACCACCGCCACCACCACCGCCACCUCCACCAGCACCGCUACCAUCCCUCAAGUUGCAACAGGGGCUGAACCGCCCCAGCACAUGGAGACACCCCCGACGAUGGUCCCCGACCAGGCACCCGCCUCCGGCCAUCACUAUCACCAUCACCACCAUCAUCAUCAUCAUCAUCAUCGGCAUCAUCGUAGCACGUCCACCACACCCAGCCAUGGACCGGCGACUGACAUCUCGGAUGAGUAUGCACCGGUGUCCAGAAAGCGGAAGCUUUCCUGCCAUGUUGGAAGCGAUCUCUUGGACGACCUCGGAGACGACGCCAAAUCCGUUCGCACAAAUGACGACAGUAAAAAGCAGAACCACAGCGAGAUCGAGAAGCGCAGGAGGGACAAGAUGAACACGUACAUCACCGAGCUGUCGGCAAUGGUGCCGAUGUGUCACGCGAUGUCGCGGAAGCUGGACAAGCUGACAGUACUGAGGAUGGCGGUGCAGCACCUCAAGACCAUCCUCGGUGCCGUCACCUCGUACACGGAAGGUCACUACAAGCCCGCGUUUCUCAGCGACCAGGAACUCAAGACACUCAUACUUCAACUUGUCUUGUUUCAGGCCGCGGAGGGCUUCGUCUUCGUGGUGGGCUGUGAUCGUGGAAGAAUUCUCUACGUGUCCGAGUCCGUCUCGCAGACUCUCAAUUAUUCUCAGGGUGAUCUACUGGGUCAGAGCUGGUUCGACAUCCUGCAUCCCAAGGAUGUCGCCAAAGUGAAGGAGCAGCUCUCGUCGUCCGACCUAAGUCCGCGGGAGCGACUGAUCGAUGCGAAAACGAUGUUACCGGUGAAAACUGACGUGCCCCAAGGCGUAUCACGACUUUGCCCCGGUGCACGGAGAUCCUUCUUCUGUCGGAUGAAGCGUAAGGUCGAGGGGGUCCGUUGCGGUGAGAUGCAAGUGAAAGAGGAAGCCGACACUACUACUGGCUGCCACAGGCGAAAGAAGCAGCAAAACGUAGAUUGGAAAUACUGCGUGAUCCAGUGCACGGGUUACCUCAAGUCCUGGGCGCCUGCGAAGAUCGGUCUCGAGGAGCAGGAAGGUGAGGCCGAUGGUGAGGCCUGCAAUCUAUCUUGCCUGGUCGCGGUGGGUCGGAUCCAAACGGCGAUAUCGACAGCCGCCUUGCCGUCGAGGAAGCCUCAUUUGAGGCCUAUACAAUUCGUGUCGCGACACGCGAUGGACGGCAAAUUUCUCUUCGUCGACCAAAGAGCUACUCCAGUAUUGGGCUUUCUACCUCAGGAAUUACUGGGCACCAGUAUGUACGAAUACUAUCACCACGACGACAUUCCUCAUUUGGCGGAAUCUCACAAAGCCGCCUUGCAGACCACCGAGCGCGUUACCACGCAGAUCUAUAGGUUUAGGAGCAAGGGCGCGAAUUUUGUGAGACUGCAGUCCGAGUGGAAGUCCUUCAGGAAUCCGUGGACCAAAGACAUCGAGUAUCUAAUUGCCAAGAAUUCUGCCAUCUUCUGCGACAUGCGUCCAGGUGGGAAUAACGGAUCCGAGGACUCGAGCGUGCAGGGCAAUUACGAUUACUUCACACAAAGUAACGGUGGAUUAGAAAGACUGAUCUCGAGCCACGUGGAGGUAAGUAAGAUCGGCCGGCAAAUAGCGGAAGAGGUACUAGACCUUCAAAGACGCGGCGAGGACUCUUCCUCGGGUAGUAGUCCGGGUCCAACAACGGAGCCUGGUUUAUUAAAUACCGAGAUGCAAAUCACGACAACGGCGUCGCCGGAGAGGAUCCCCGAUGUGUCUCAGUCGGGCAUUGGCAGCGACAACAGCAGCAGCAAUCCGACAUCGACGUUCAACCACGUAGCGAACAACGUGCAGCUCAACAGCAUCGCGAACGACCAAGGAGCGUCACCAGAUGAGGAAAUGAUGGACAUGAUCGGCGGUACCGCGAUUAACGAAUCGCCGAAUCCGAUCCCGUCCGACGGCAACGACGAGGCAGCGAUGGCUGUUAUCAUGAGUCUCUUGGAAGCCGACGCGGGCUUGGGCGGUCCCGUGGACUUUUCCGGAUUGCCCUGGCCGUUGCCAUAGUGCAUGCUCAUUUUA